AUGAGUCUCCAAUCCACCAUGGUUGAUAUCUGCCAGAGCUCUUCUCUGCGAGGACGCCGCCGAAGCUCUAUCCGUCCUCAAAAUCUACUCCCUCUGCUCUUCACCGGGCCAGUCCCUCUGCAAGAUGAAAGCGCUAUCGAAGACGAGCAGCCUAGAUGUGAAAAGGCGGAUGCUGCUUCUACUCUCAUCUCUCCCAUCUCGACUGCGCACGUCUCUGGUCACUGCUCUAGCUUUGUCACGACCCGACACCAUGAUUCUGUGCCCACGACCCCUUCGCCGGCGACUUUGGUGGGGACGCUGUCCAGUACAGGCGACGAAUCUUACUUCGGCAUCAAAGAGAGCAGUUCAGCAGACGCCCGCGUCAAGUGGCGCUUGGCAAGUGCAUUGCUGCUUUUCUUUCUCAACGGCUGGGGCGACGGAGUGACUGGUGCUGCUUUACCGUGUGCGGGGUUCCUCGUCACUUCGAUGCCUUUCUUACGUUCCAGGACAGAUUUUGUUGCCGAAUUCCAUCUCAGUUAUAUGGUCUCGUCACUUCUAUUUGUGGCGACGACCUGCGGCUUCACAACAGGAAUUCUUGUCGUCUCGCGAAUUCUUCAAUUUCUGUCACGUUUCUAUCUAGCCGAACAGCAUCUGGCUGUCUUUCCUACAGCACCUUUUAGAAUCGCAAUCAGCCGUGCCUCGACUCGCGCCGUCGGCUCAUCACUAUCUCAAGGGCGCUACAUCAUUCUGAUACUUGCCAGUCUGGGCUCGCCGAUAAUGUUUAUCCUGAUGGGGUCUGCGAAAGGAUUCCCGACUAUGUUUGCGGCUUAUGUCAUACUGUCCUUCAACCGGGCCUUGCUGACGGCUCCCCUGUGCGUUUUCCUUCGCGUGUUGGUCGAUCAUUGCCCGCCAACGACAUUGCAGAAACAUCUUUCUUUCUUCGCUUCCCAGCAAACCACUGGGAUACGCGUAUGGCAUCUGGGGAUUCGGCGCUGUCGUUUCUCCGCUGGUGCUGCAAGUAACCACGGCGUCAGGCCUCCCCUGGCGGCAGUUCUAUUUCUGCUCCACCAUCUUAUCCGCAACGUCGCUUCUCUUUCUCGGCGUUACCUUUCGCCCAACGCAACGGGAAUUCGAUCAGGAGCGGCGGAGUGCACUGUCUCGCUCGGAUGGACCGACGUUGCAGAGCAGCACUUCCCAGCCGAGCGGCGGCAGUACGCAGCUCUCAAGCGUCUGUCCAAGAUCCCCUUCCAAUGGGCUAUUUCUCUGUUCGUUCUUCUCUACAGUGGCAGCGAAACUACGCUCCAGGGCCUGGUCGACCAAUUCCUCCUCGCCGAACGAAACGCAAAUCACAAGACUGUCGGCUACGUUUCUUCAGGAUUCUGGUACGUUCAUACUCGCUGGGAAUGUCAAGCUCGCGGGUCAUCUGGAGUUAUUUCUCGCCCAGAAUCAGCUUCGCAGCUCGCAAGUGGAUUGUCCAAGGCUGCCUCCUCGAGUUUGGCUAUGCAGAUCGUGAUCUGGCGCGUCGACUCGUAUACAGUGAACUCCGUGUCGACUAGUCUGACCGGGCUCAUCCUGGGCGCUGUCUAUCCGGCCUGCCUCGAGCUUGCCAACGACAUGAUACCGGGCGACCUCAACAUGAUCUCAAUGGGCAUCUUAGGUGCCUCGGGAAGUCUGGGCAGUGCCAUUUUCACCUUCGUCACGGGUGUGGUCACAACCCGAUACAGCAUGCGAUGUUGGUCCUAUGUGACUGUCACACAGGGUGUGCUGAUGGUUUUGGCCUGGUUUUUGUUUCCGACACAUCUUCGACGGUAG